AUGUCUUGCGAAGCUUGUCGUACCAUUCCUCCCGUGAUUGCGACGGGAUACACUCCUAAGGGCCACUUCGAAAGCAUCGCUGGCCUCAACACCUAUGUCACCGGAAACGCAGACUCCCAAAUUGGCCUUGUGGACAUCUACGAUGUUUUUGGUAUGGCCAGCCAGACCAUCCAAGGUGCCGAUCUCCUCGCCGCAAGACUGAACGCUGUGGUCCUCAUCCCGGACUUCUUCGGCGGAGAGCCGCUGAAGCAGGAAUACGUUCCCGCCGACACGGAAGAGAAGAAACGGCUUAUUGCAGAUUUUACGGCUCACAAGGCGGAAGUUUCUCGCAACGUUGACGUAGUGAUCGCGGCGGUCGAGGUAUAUCGCACUCUGUUCUCUUCGGUUCGGAAAUGGGGUGCGUGUGGUUUAUGUUGGGGUGGAAAGGUGACCGUUUUGGCAUCUGGACCUAAUACCCCGUUCGCUGCAUCGGGUCAAGUGCAUCCUGGUCGAAUGGAUGCGGCGGAUGCGCAAGCUCUAGCGAUUCCGCAUAUCGUGCUGGCCUCCAAGGAUGAACCUGCCGAUGCGAUCGCGGGAUAUGCGGACUUGUUUGCGAAGGAGAAGGAAGGAUAUAUUGAGACCUACUCUACCAUGUGGCAUGGAUGGAUGGGUGCUCGAGCUAAUCUUGAGCAGGAAGAAGGCCAGGCUGAGUAUGCUCGUGGGUACAACCAAUUGGCCGACUUUUUCGAGAGGCAUCUUUCUUGA